AUGGGAACGGAUAUAAUCAUUUUAAAUAAAACUGGAGAUUAUUUUGAAUCUGUUAUAGAACCAAAUAAUUUUUAUUUCAUUCAAUCGUCUAAACCAGUUCUAGUAGCACAGCUCAGCACUUCUAACUAUAAUAACACAUAUAGAUCCGGCGAUCCUUCUAUGAUGAUACUGGCACCACUCCAAGCAGCACGCGACUUCUACACGUUUUCGGUCUUUAGCUAUUCCGGUUUCAAAGUUUAUGUUACAAUAGUGAUUAAUAGUUCGGAUGUUUCUGGCUUACGUCUCAACAACCAAACAAUCACAACUACUUGGACGGAAGUGACUGGUAAAUCAAGUCUUGUGGUUGGAGAAGUCUUGAUUACCACGUCAUUGGCAGCUUCACAAAAAAUUUCAAAUGGCAAUGGCGGGAAGUAUUUGGCAUAUAUUCAAGGAAUGACCAGUUGUGAAGGCUAUUCAUUUGGUCUGACAUUCCAAGAGACGACCAAUAUUCCGGCCUGUGUCAACAGCUUGUCCAUACCAGGAGAUCUUAUAGAUAACGAUUGUGAUGGGAAAACAGAUGAAGAAGUUUGUUGUAUCGACAAAAUACCAAUAGAUGAUGAUGGAGAUGGCUUCCUUGACGAAGAUUGUUCUGUACCUGAAGGAUGA